UGAUGCAGAGCACAUGAGAGGUGCCCACGUGUACAAAAAGGGUGCAUGCAAAACGUUUCAACAUGUCUGCAUGAGCGCCUUAUUUGACAUUUGACAAUGGCGCUGUUGUUAGCACAGCAAAACACUGAACAGGUGUGGGCGGCCACACCUCAUUGGUCACAGUGGCUUCCUGUCAUUUGGAACGCAGUAAAAGUGCGCCACCUGCUGACCACGAAGUGAGCAGGUUUCCUUACACAUACUACAGUAUUAUAGAAUAAUGUAGAAACCACGGUGGUUUACAGUCAUUUGUGAUACAAAAUUAAAUAGCAACUUUGUUACAAAGUGCCACAAUUACGUCGUGAUUGUCGCGCCUGCGCCUCUAACCGCAUUUGCGGAUAUGCCUGAAUCAAACAUAAAUAGCACAUUUAAAGCCAACAAAUCCAAGCUUUCAUAUUUUCUGUGCUUUGGCUGUUUCAUAGUUACUGAUGGCGCCGACAGAAAGCAUCAACGUUUCUUUAUCGUGAAGGACUGGGCCGUCGUCUCAUACGUGACUUUUUCUUCACUGCUUCGAUACGUAGACCGGGCAUUGGAAUAUCCCUCUCCAUGUAUACCUUUGUUUUCAGAAAAUGACCACAUGGCUAUUGAAUGGAAUGGUGGGAUUGUAUAUAUAGGAAAUACUGCAACGUAUCGGGAAGCAGAGUGGCGCAGCGGAAGCGUGCUGGGCCCAUAACCCAGAGGUCGAUGGAUCGAAACCAUCCUCUGCUAAGCUUUUCUAUGCGCUUGUCCCAUGCGCGUGAGACUGAGGAGAUGAACUGUUCCUGGGCAGCCACCAGGAGGCGGUGUUGCCUUCAUGUACUUGGGACACGUGGAUGCCAGGUUAAAGGAUCUCCUUGCUGGCUUCCUGGGAACAUUGUAGACUAGCUGCCUACUCUUUGUCACCACCAACGCCAUGGACAACUACUCGUACAACUUCCCCUCUGACUGCACCCCGCUCACCAACUGCAAGUCCGCCCGCAAACCGGCCGCUUCCACCGUGGUCAACAUGGGCCACGUGGGCAAGAACCCUCCUCGGGACUAUCUGGUCUGGUCCCUGUGCAACACCUUGUACGUCAACUUCUGCUGCCUAGGAUUCAUGGCGCUCCUCUACUCCAUCAAGGCUCGGGACCAGAAGACUCAGGGAAACCUGCAGCUGGCCCAGGAGUGCUCGGACAAAGCCAAGUGGUACAACAUCCUGGCGGCCGGAUGGAACCUGCUGAUUCCUCUGCUGGCCGUGGUGCUGCUGGUGCUCCUGCUGGUCCACCUGGGCUCCUCGCAGGGCUCCUUUGACUUCCUGGGAGAUGAUGGAUUCCAGAACUUCAUCAAACUGUUCAGUUGGUAGACGGAGCGAGCAGAAAGAUUUCAUCUGACCCAAAGAUGACAUUUUGCUUGUAUUUAUUUUAUUUAUGCAACCAUCCAUGUUGGUUCCUACCUGAGUUAGUCUUUAUGCUCUCUAGCAACACUCACCCAUGCUUACGUUUAUCGUUUUAUCCACCUUUUCAUGUGGGUUCCUACACCCCCAAACAUUCUUGUAACAAGCAAAUCCAUCACUUGGUCUUCCUGCUCCAGACAGACAAGCCUGCCCAGAAAGGCUUUGCUACACAUCUUAAAACGCAGCUCAGUCAGCUGCAGAUGUUGGAGCUGUAAGUUUGUUCAUGUUGUGAAAAUGCUAAGCUAGCAUGUUGUCAUGUUAGCACUUGAACUUACUGUUGCUCCUUCAUGCUACUACCUUGUAUGUGAUGGACAGUAUUUCUUGUGUAUUUGGAAUGUAUAUUUGACACACACACACGCUAUGAGAUGAUAUAUGAUUUU